UCUCUAAUGUGAACCCCUGGUGUCUCUUGGCUCCUAGCAAAGGUGGUAAAUCCUCCCAGAAGUCCUCGUCCUCGGGUUCGGAGUCGGCCCCCAAGAAGGUGUCCAAGAAAGAACAGAAGAGACAGGACAUGGAGAAGAUACACACCACCCUGCUCUGCAGCGUGUUUGGAGCGGUAUACACACACACACACACACACACACUCAUACACACACACCAUAACAGCUACUUUACCCUUUGACCCCUAACCCCUAAUCCUGACCUAUAACCCCACACCACUUAGUGAGCGACAUGCUAGGCUAACAGCAGUCUGGUGUUUGGUGGGGAGUGAAAAGUCAGGGAUUCUGCUAUGUUAGCGGAGCUUCUGAUCUUUGCAUGCCGAUGUGUGUGUGUGUGUGUGUGUGUGUGUGUGUGUGUGUGUGUGUGUGUGUGUGUGCGUGCCUGCUUGUCUGCCAGCAAGCUACAAAUGCGUUUCUGCCUGAAUGUGUGUGUGUGUGUGUGUGGGUAAUGACCCUGUCAGUUACACACACAGAGUGGUUAUCCUCUCACCACUCAUUAGGAUUAAGGCUAGAAGAUGCUGGAAGAGCAUCGAACAAAAGGGGAAAGUUGUACAGUUGUUUUAAUACUGUUUUUGUUUGUUUGUGAUAUGUGUAAAGGUUAAGACCAAUUGAUGUGUGCUGUUUUAUGAACAAUUGCUGUUGUCUUACUUAGAAAUGUUUCUUGACAUUGUGAAACUUAACCUGGGGACAUCGAUUAUGGAUAGAAUAAUUCCAAUUGGCAUUUAAACUAGAAGCUAUUGAGCAUGCAGUGUGAACGUAGGCUUUGAAUAACAACACGCUACAUUGAAUGGUGUCCCAGACAAACAGGAUGGAACUCUUAACGAUUUAAUCCACCAUGAGAAGGAAACGUCCUUAACUGUUCCUGUCCCCAAUCCCUCACUAAUUUACCUCACUACCGUAACAGAAUGACCUAACCCUAAAACCUUUAACCUCCUCUUACACAACAGUAUACAUCUCAAAUUUCCUGUCCUAAACUUCCAGCGAUAAGCACCUUUUUUUUGUCCCAAUGUCUUCAAGGUUGACCCUAUCCAGAUUGUAGUACAUGAGGAUAUUCUGCAAGUCAUGCACUAUAAUAUUCCACAAAAUGUGAGCCAGGCUUGAGUAUUGUCACACAGUGUUGUCUCUCCCUCACAAAAACACCUCUCCCCUGUUGUCUUCCUUUAGGAGAGAGAGUUGGCUCAAGCAGAGUUGGAUGGUGAGUCUUCUUAGCACAGUGAUAUUGCAUAUACAGUAGAAUGCUUUAUUUACAGUAGGUUGACCAUUUGCACGACUCAUUACAUUGAGCUCAUAUUACUCAAGUUAGUAUUCAGCCAGACAUUAGACUUGUAAAAGAGGGGUAGCUUUGAGUCGUCCAUAGAAAUAGCAUGACUAGAAUGGGCAAAACGCCCCUCAGACCACGGAACUUCGACAGUACUACAGUCAUGGGUAGACUCAAUAUAAACGUCUGCCUACCCAUCACAGAAUGUCGACCUGAAUGGGAAAGUUCCUUUUAGUAAUUCUACUUCCAUGGUGUCAGCAUCACCUUCUGACCUCUAACCUCUAACAUUUGACCUUUGGCGCAGAGCUGGACUUUGCCUUCAAGGAGUUUGACUACGACUGCGAUGGCUACCUGAACUACAAGGACGUGGCAGAGUGCAUGAGGACCAUGGGCUACAUGCCCACUGAGAUGGAGCUGCUGGAGAUAGUACAACAGAUUAAGAUGAGGAGUGAGUGUCUUAUAACUGUUAUAUAGCUGUUAUGGACCUGUUAUAACCUGUUACAGACCUGUUUAACCUGUUACAGACCUGUUAUAGACCUGUUAUAACCUGUUACAGACCUGAUAUAGACCUGUUAUAACCUGUUACAGACCUGUUGAACCUGUUACAGACCUGAUAUAGACCUGUUACAGACCUGAUAUAGACCUGCUAUAACCUGUUACAGACCUGUUAUAGACCUGCUAUAACGUGUUAAAGACCUGAUAUAGACCUGUUACAGACCUGAUAUAGACCUGCUAUAAACUGUUACAGACCUGUUAUAGACCUGCUAUAACCUGAUAUAGACCUGUUACAGACCUGUUACAGACCUGUUACAGACCUGUUAUAGACCUGUUACAGACCUGUUAUAACCUGUUACAGACCUGUUAUAGACCUGUUAUAGACCUGUUACAGACCUGUUACAGACCUGUUACAGACCUGUUAUAACAUGUUACAGACCUGAUAUAGACCUGUUAUAACCUGUUACAGACCUGUUACAGACCUGUUAAAACAUGUUAUAACAUGUUAUAGACCUGUUACAGACCUGAUAAAGACCUGCUAUAACCUGUUACAGACCUGUUAUAACCUGUUACAGACCUGUUAUAGACCUGCUAUAACCUGAUAUAGACCUGUUACAGACCUGUUACAGACCUGUUACAGACCUGUUGUAGACCUGCUAUAACGUGUUAAAGACCUGAUAUAGACCUAUUACAGACCUGAUAUAGACCUGAUAUAACCUGUUACAGACCUGUUAUAGACCUGCUAUAACCUGUUAAAGACCUGAUAUAGACAUGUUAUAACCUGUUACAGACCUGUUAUAACUGGUUACAGACUUGAUAUAGAUCUGUUACAGACCUGUUACAGACCUGUUAUAGACCUGUUACAGACCUGUUAUAACCUGUUACAGACCUGAUAUAGACCUGUUACAGACAUGUUAUAGACUUGUUAUAACCUGUUACAGACCUGUUAAAACAUGUUAUAACCUGUUACAGACCUGCUAUAACCUGUUACAGACCUGCUAUAACCUGUUAAAGACCUGAUAUAGACCUGUUACAGACCUGAUAUAGACCUGCUAUAACCUGUUACAGACCUGUUAUAGACCUGCUAUAACCUGUUAAAGACCUGUUACAGACCUGUUAUAACCUAUUACAGACCUGAUAUAGACCUGUUAUAGACCUGUUACAGACCUGUUAAAACAUGUUACAGACCUGUUAUAAAACUGUUACAGACCUGUUAAAGACCUGUCAUAACCUGUUACAGACCUGUUAUAACCGGUUACAGACUUGAUAUAGAUCUGUUAUAGACCUGUUACAGACCUGUUAUAUACCUGUUACAGACCUGUUACAGACCUGCUAUAACCUGUUACAGACCAGUUAUAGAACUGUUACAGACCUGUUACAGACCUGUUAUAUUUUUUUACAGACCUGUUAUAGACCUGUUAUAGAACUGUUACAGACCUGUUAUAGACCUGUUACAGACCUGUUAUAACCGGUUACAGACUUGAUAUAGAUCUGUUAUAACCUGUUAUAGACCUGUUACAGACCUGUUACAGACAUGUUACAUACCUUUUACGGACCUGUUACAGACCUGUUAUAACCUGUUACAGACCUGCUAUAGAUCUGUUACAGACCUGCUAUAGAUCUGUUACAGACCUGUCACAGUGCUGUUACAGACCUGUUACAGACCUGUUACAGACCUGUUAUAACCGGUUACAGACUUGAUAUAGAUCUGUUAUAACCUGUUACAGACCUGAUAUAGACCUGUUACAGACCUGUUAUAACCUGUUACAGACCUGUUAUAGACCUGUUACAGUGCUGUUACAGACCUGUCACAGUGCUGUUACAGACCUGUUACAUACCUGUUAUAACCUGUUAAAGACCUGUUAAAGACCUGUUAUAGCAUUUUACAGACCUGUUCUGACCUGUUAUAGACCUGUUAUAGUCCUGCUGGAGAUCAAGUUGAGGAGUGAGUGUGAUAAUAUGACUGCGAGAGAGAGAGAGAGAGAGAGAGAGAGAGAGAGAGAGAGAGAGAGAGAACGAGAGAGAGAUGGGAGAAAGAGAGAGAACGAGCGAGAGAGCGAGGAACAGAAACAGUGCGUUUCCUUAACUCUGCAUUGAGAACCUCAUUGACUGAGGUUAUUGACACCACUGAACCCUCCUGUCCUGGUUUUUGACUGGUGUGUUCAUCUAGUCACCUACCUAUCUCCUGACUGUUCAUUGGUGUGUUGGACCAGUCCCUACCUGUGUCCUGAUUGUUGAUUGGUAUGUUUCUCUGCAGUGGGCGGUCUUAUGGACUUUGAUGACUUCUGUGAGCUAAUGGGUCCCAGGAUAAUGGGGGAGACUGUUGACAUGCUGGGGCUGAAGGAGCUCAGAUCAGCCUUCUCUCAAGUAAGAGACUGAGAUUGGAACCAAAAUAAACUACAAACAGAAAACACAGGCAUUAUAACUCAAACUUUAAUCUCCCAGCUUUUACAUCCUUGCAUGAUUGACCUUACCUACUCUUCCUCAAGUUCAGAUUCAGCCCUCAACCAAUAUUAAGUCACCUGUUUACUUAAUCACCCCCAUCCUCUCAUCCUCAACAUCCUCUCCUCACCUCUCCUCCUCUACUCCUCAACUCUCCUCUCUCCUCACCUCACCCCUCCUCACCCCUCCCCUCAUCUCUCCUCAACCCUCCUCUCAUCAACUCUCCUCCCCUCUCCCCUUCUCACCGCUCCUCACCUCUCCUCACCCCUCCCUUCACCUCUCCUCCCCUCUCCUCUCUCCUCUCAGUUUGACCAGGACUGUGAUGGGAAGAUCAGUCAGGAUGAGAUGAAGGAGGCGGUGAAG